AUGCGUUUCUCUUUAUUCACAGUCCUGUCCGCAGUGGCUUCGUUGGGUAAUGCCCUCCCCGGCAAACUGCAGACACGAGAUGUUUCGGCCAGCGAACUAAACCAGUUCGGCUUCUGGGUCCAGUAUGCAGCCGCGACAUACUAUGUCGAGAACUACGAGGCUCAAGUGGGCGACAAGAUCAGUUGUUCGAAAGGAAACUGUCCCGAAGUGGAGAAAACCGGUGCGACUGUAUUCUAUGAUUUCUCCGACGAUGCCACCUUUAUACACACAAACCCUGAUCUCUGUGACGGAUGCCUCGCCGAGCUCGGCUUCUGGAGCUCAUGGAAGCUAGUCCGCGACGACAUCAUCAAAGAACUGAAAGAUGCCGUCUCCCAGAACCCCGAGUACGAGCUAGUCGUAGUAGGCCACAGCCUUGGCGCCGCCGUCGCAACCCUUGCUGCCGCUGAUCUCCGGGGCAAAGGCUACCCGUCGGCUAAGCUGUACGCGUAUGCCUCGCCUCGCGUGGCCAACGCGGCUUUGGCCAAGUAUAUCACGGCGCAGGGGAACAACUACCGUUUCACCCAUACCAAUGACCCGGUACCUAAGCUGCCGUUGUUGUCCAUGGGCUACGUUCAUGUCAGUCCUGAGUAUUGGAUCACAUCGCCUAACAAUGCCACUGUCGGUACUUCUGAUAUUAAGGUUAUUGAGGGAGAUGUCUCCUUUGACGGAAACACUGGAACUGGUUUGCCGUUGUUGACGGACUUUGAGGCGCAUGUCUGGUAUUUUGUGCACGUUGAUGCCGGCAAGGGCCCUGGGCUGCCAUUCAAGAGGGGUUUAAUUUAA